CGCAGAGCGAGUCGGGAAACGAUUUUAAACGGAGGAGGCGGCUGAACGCCAAGUUGCCGCUUCUCAAGGGCGGGAUUUCCGAGCUGAUGUUGGCCCCUGAGGGCUCUAGUGCAGAGGGGCGAGGUGGGACACAUUGUCCCUUGCCCUUUCCCUCCGCGGGCUGAAGCAGACUCCUUAUGAGCGAGAGUCGCCGAGCUGGUGGUUGAGGCUGCGGAUAUAUCCCUUCCGGCUUGAAGUGCCGAGCUGGCCUGGCGUCCUUGGGAGCGGAGGUCUUCUUGCUGGGCCCGUUUGCGUCGGUCUUGAAGCGUCUUGUGUUGGAGGGAGAGGGAAUUUGGGAGGGCCAGGGGUUCCUCUGGACUUUCUCUUUGCUGUCAUUUUGGCGACUUUUUUACUUCGAGGGAUUUCCGUUUCGAUGUAGUUUUGGAUCCCGGCUUGAAGAAUGAUUCGUGAAGGGAAUGGGUGACAGCGUCGUCACAGCAUUUUAUUGACCAUGGAUUCUUAUGAUACACCGGAAUUGACUCCUAGACAAGAUGCUUCCUCAAGGCUUAAAGAUUUCUUUAUAGGCGCCACCCCUCUGCAGAAACGAUUAGAAUCAGUCAGGAAGCAGACUUCAUUUAUCCCAACUCCACCGCGAAGGAAAAUCCCCCAGGGUUCACAACUGCAGGAAGAUGUUGAUCCUCAAAAGUUUGCAUUCCUUCUGCAUAAACAAUGGACUUUAUAUAGUUUAACUCCCUUGUAUAAAUUCUCCUAUACUAAUUUCAAAGAGUACUCUAAACUUCUGAAUGCAUUUAUUGCUGCUGAAAAGCAGAAAGGACUUGCUGUGGAAGUGGGAGAUGACUUCAACAUCAAAGUGAUUUUCUCUACUCUCAUGGGAGUGAAAGGAACACAAAGAGAUCCUGAAGCAUUUCUUGUCCAGAUUUUGUCAAAAUCUCAAUUGCCAUCUGAGCACAAAGAAGAGAAAGUGUUGUGGACUGGUUGGUUCUGCUGUGUAUUUGGAGACAGUCUCCUGGAGACUGUUUCAGAAGAUUUCACCUGUCUACCCUUAUUCCUUGCAAAUGGUGCAGAGACUAAUACAGCUAUAAUUGGAACCUGGUUUCAGAAAACUUUUGACUGUUACUUCCGUCCCUUAGCAAUCAAUGCAUUUAAUCUUUCCUGGAUGGCUGCUAUGUGGACUGCAUGCAAAAUGGACCAUUAUAUGGCCACUACUGAAUUACUUUGGUCCGUACCCUGUCGCCCUCAUAGUCUGGACAUUUCUUAUGCCAUACAUCCGGAAGAUGCAAAAGCUUUAUGGGACAGUGUUCACAAAACACCUGGGGAAGUUACCCAGGAGGAGGUUGACUUGUUCAUGGACUGCCUGUAUUCACAUUUCCAUAGGCAUUUCAAAAUUCAUUUAUCAGCCACGAGAUUGGUUCGUGUUUCAACAUCUGUAGCUUCAGCACAUACUGAUGGAAAAAUAAAGAUUUUGUGUCCUAAAUACCUUAUUGGAGUGCUGGCGUAUUUGACAGAACUGGCAGUUUUUCAAAUUGAGUGAGGUCUUAUGGGGACUAUAAGUUGUGGAUUAAAUACCUUUUUCUCACAGACUGUCUGCUUAAUUGCUAUGCUGAGAGGCACUACAGGAGAAAUGGGCGUCUAUCCAUCUGUUUUCCUCACAGUGCCUUGGAGUUACCCAGGUGAAAGCCAAGAAGGAUCUAGAAGAACAAAGAAGGUGGUAGUGGAUGAACCACAGCCAGGUGACUGUGUAAUAGUCAUGAUCGUCUGGGAUUCUAGUCUCUAUAGACUAUGCGGAGUUGUUAAUUUGUUGGCCAUCUUCCUCACAAAUAUAUGUUUAUUAUGUCAGACUUUUUAGGAUUCAAAUCAAAUACCUCUAAUACUGAAUAUUUCUGGUUUGCAUCUUUAAAACCUUUAAUCCCUAUUUUUAAGCAUUUUAGACUUGUAUUCAGAGAGAUUUUCUGUCUUCUACAGACAUUUUCCUAGCACCGUUUUGCUGUAGACAACUGGCAAUCAAAAUCCUUUCCAAAGGAAACUAAAGUUGCUAUCCUUUUUAAGCCACUAAUAUCCUUCUGUUUUUAACUGUUUAAUUCUUAUUGCAAUGUCAAAUUAAAUAUUCAGUUUUUAAAAUGAAA